GACUGAUGGCGAUGCACCAGCGAAAGACGAUGCCACGUCAAUCCAGGAUGACUUGGUUGCUCGCGUGAGGCAGCUUCACAGUGAUGACUCGUUGAAGUUCUCGAAGGCUAACCCGAUGCAGUCGUCGCAGAUGCCGGUGAACAUGACGCCCCAGCAGAAGAAGUACUACAAGGGCGACCAGCAGGCCAAGCAGAUCUACGAGGAAGGCCACUGCGCGUUCACGAUGAGGCCCCCCCUGGGUCAGCGGCUGCAGCGCGACCUGAAGAAAGACGCGAGCCUCAAGGAUGACUACAACACAACUGGUGACGUAGAUGCUUGGAAGAAGAAGUGGGUGGCCGACCAGUACAAGGGUGCCAUCACGCGCCUCAAAACGAUCACAACUUCGGUGGACGACUCGUGGAUCCGCAACGGCAAGUUGGUGUCGUUCCUGAAGAUGUGCUACUUGGAGGGAGGGCCUCGCGGCCAGCAUGACGAGGAGACGAUUCGAGGUUGCCAGGCAAAUGCUGGGAAGUGCAUCCAAAUGGGGUACCCCUUCACCCAGGUCGACGAGGGUACUGGAGCCGUGAAGUUCAUGUGGUUCGAGACGAUCUGGCAGGAGAAGUUCACCAAGCGCUGGGAGAUCACUGAGCAUCAGGCUGAGUAUGAUGAAGUUGCCGACGACCAAGAUGGCCGCGACGCCGCUGAGGGUGAUGGCUGUGGCGCAACACACGACCGCAAGCCAGAACGGCUGAAGCCAGCGCCAUGCCCCAAGCCAGUGCCAGAUCCUAAGCCAGAAAGGCCGAAGCCAGUGAAGACCCUGGCCACGAUUCGACUCACGGAGGCUCGCAAAGUGAUAAAUGCUGCACAGACUUCGUUUUCGACUGCCAAAUCGAUGCUCGAGACUAUCAAGGAGAACGAGGAUGACCCCGAAGCCGAGUACGCCUGGGCCAGGACAAGUGCGGUUCAGGGGAAAAUCCAGUCGUACGAGAGCGAGCUCAACACGAUGGUGAAGGAGAACAACGUCUGGAAGCAGUUGCUCCUUGGCGCGGAGUUCGCCCAG